AUGAGUUCCCAGCAACUCUGGAGUUCGCUUAAGAGAAAGCCCCGCUGGCCAAAUCCCGAGGAGUCCAUUGGGCAAUUUUACGGAGAGAAACAAGGAAGGCUCUGCUGGAGAGCUCAAGGCGCGGCGCGCGAGGCCUUUUCCCAGGUAGCUCCAGCGAUAAAGGAAUACCUCAACAGCUGUAGCGACGCUGUACCGGGCGCUGAUUGGGUCACAUGGUCCAUCUAUAUGAUUGGCAAAUCGAAAUUUACCGCUGUGCCGACAAUCAUGUUUGAAUGCUUUCAAAAAGGCCCGAGAAAGGAAGCUAUGGACAUGGUGAGAAAGAGUGGCAUUCUCAACCAACACCCAGGCAUAGAAACCGGCCACUGGUCUUUCCCACCAAACAUAGUAUUCCCACAGCAGCUCGCUUUGACGUCAUUACAAAGUGACUCAACAUCGUCAGAUUUGGACCGUGCAGUAGGACCUCAGAUCACGGUGCAAACCUUCUCGAACGGAUCAGUUGAACAUCGAAAGGCCACGGUUGGUGGGCUUCUCUGCGCGAAGGGCAAGAACUAUUACUUCACGGUCAAUCACCCAUUCUCGAGUGGACAUCGGAUAGUACCUUGGCCUUCCUCUCUUGCUGAUUUUGAUGAUGAAUGCGAAUUCGGGGGCCAAAGUGACGCUGAGGACGAUGAAAACGAUGAUGCGCUCGCGGACGUUACAAGUGGAGGAAGCAGGACCCCAGAAUCAUCUUCUGGUUGUAACUCGGAUGACGAUGCGGCGAAUAACGGCAGUCUGGAUAGCUCAGGAUCGGAAGAGAUCAGUAUCAUUGCCCCGGAAAAGUUGCGCAGCAAAACAUGUGAGACUGUCAGCGAUGGCAGAAUUGUCCGGUACUUGCCUGCAGGGGAAUCAAGCGACGUUGACCCUGGAGACGAACGACUCUUACGCAAAGAGAAAGCAGACCCGGUUGCAGUCUCUAACCGGGACCUAUGCAUCGCGUCGACUGUCCUGGAUUAUGCCUUAAUUCUCUCCGAGGAUGAUGAUAUCAUACUUUCGGUCUCUGCUCACGUCUCUGUACCUUUCUCCAAAGGUGGGAUUCCGUAUAUGUCGCUAAAGAACGUUGCCGAUAAAAUCCCUGAGAUUGCAUCCAUUAUUACCAUGACUGGCUCGAGCGGCUUAAUCACGGGGAUGCUGUCUGGAUCGCCUUCAUAUACUCGCCUGCCUGGCGCUGGAGCCUAUCAGGAGGUCUUCACUGUGAAGCUCGAUGGACCACUGCAUCCCGGCGAUUGCGGAUCGUGCGUCUUUAGCGCCGAGACCGGCGCUCUCUAUGGUCAUAUCGUUGCGGGAAGUACAGUCACUCAAAUCGCAUACAUUUUACCGGCAGCCGUUGUGUUCCAGGACAUAUCGCUUCAAAUUGAGAGGCUUAACCAAAGGGCCGCCAGCUUCAAGACCUAUCCAAGCUAUUGCUUCGAGUUUGGGCAGCUAGAAAAGCACCUUACUCGAAUCGAUUCGCUUCCCCCGCCACCCACUAGAUCUUCCACGACCUCGAUUCUGUACGAUGACGCUCUCACAAACGAUCCAGAAGUUGAAGCUGCUACUCAAAAUGCCAUGUCAUUACUACGGAGCUCACCUCCGAAGGAUUCCACUUCGAUACCUGAUACUAUAAUCAAGUCCCGGGGGCCUGUUUCCUUGGCCCCCACCGCCGACGCACUCUUCAUAUUCGCCACAAAAUCCGUCUUUGCGGGAGUUGUCUUCGGUGCCGGCACCUGGUCAGAGGAAUAG